CCCCAUUUUGCCGAUUCAGAAAGCCGGUGUCGCUGCGUGGUAAUCGUAUACAACGGCGGUACUUGGCUACAUCGCUGUAUAUCUAAAAUUUCGUUUCCGUUUUAAACUAUUAUAUUAACGUUUCUAUUGUUGUUAUUUACUACCGAGUGAAAUCUGUGUGGUUCAACGAACAGAAUUGAACACGGAGUUGGCGAAUACCGCUGCUGGAUGAGAAAGGAUUUUCACCGCAUUUGUCCCACUUCGACAACGUGGACUCUCGGCGGCAUCACUCGCAUUCGACGGAGGAUUUCGACCUACAUUUCGGACUAAUCGUGGGAAAUCUUUCGAUUUGCGGAUUAUAAGGAUGCUUCUAUCAAAACUCAACUCUUUCACUCAUAUUUCCACCGUGGACAUGCCUGCGAAAAUCCAACUUCAAGUUCAUCAAGUUAAAGAAAGGGAGCCAUUCGAGAAGGUUUACCAGGUCGGGUCUGUUUUGGGAAGCGGAGGCUUCGGCACAGUCUACGGUGGCUUGAGGAUUGCUGACGGAGCGCCGGUUGCCAUCAAGCAUGUUGCAAAAGAUCGGGUGACUGAAUGGGGAGAAUUGCCCAACGGUAGCCGGGUCCCGAUGGAAAUCGUCCUCCUAAAGAAAGUGGGAACUGGGUUUCGUGGCAUUAUAAACAUGUUAGACUGGUACGAACGACCAGACAGCUUCAUCAUCGUCAUGGAGAGACCAGAGACCGUCAAGGACCUAUUUGAUUUUAUCACGGAGAAAGGUGCCUUGCCCGAAGAGCUGGCCAAGAACUUUUUCCGCCAGGUGCUUGAAGCAGUGCGGCAUUGCCACAAUUGCGGGGUGGUGCACAGGGAUAUCAAAGAUGAAAACAUCUUGAUUGAUCUGCGGACCGGCGAAAUGAAACUCAUCGACUUUGGCUCUGGAGCAUUACUCAAGGACACUGUUUACACAGAUUUUGACGGCACCCGUGUGUACAGCCCACCUGAAUGGAUCAGACACCACCGUUACCAUGGGCGGUCAGCAACAGUAUGGUCACUGGGUAUCCUAUUGUACGACAUGGUUUGUGGUGACAUCCCAUUUGAGCAGGAUGAAGAGAUUGUUCGUGGUCAGGUGCUUUUCAGGAGGCGGGUGUCAGCAGAAUGUCAGCAACUGAUUAAGUGGUGCCUGUCCCUGAGGCCUUCAGAGAGGCCGUCCUUCGAGGACAUCUUCAAUCACCCGUGGAUGCAGAGCGCCACCACACCCGCCACCACCGAGGGGACAGAGAUCCGCCUGCACAGCCUGGCACACGAGUCCACGCCCUUCCCCACAGUCAAUGUGGGCAGCAAGUAACCGCGCAAACCUGUGUCGUUUGUGGCACGCCCCUCCCCUCCCCCCGUCGGUGAACUCCCUUCGACAACAGAGACUCUGAAAUCGGACUCCCAAGCCAGUCCUCUGUCAGUCAGAGGUGAAUGGACUGAGCGCGCACCUGUCACAAUGGCAACGGACGUGUGUUUUCUUUUUUGCGUGGCAGCUGUGUCCAAGGCUGCCAGCAUCAUGACUGAAAUCGAAUGGAAAUGGGGGGGUGGGGGAUUGGAAGCAAAAGACUUUUCUUUUCUGGGGCUAAGUGGAAGUUAGAGAGAGGUCUAUUUCUUAUCCUCCAACUACACCUGCCCCAUUGAGAGAAUUAAGAACCAAACCUCUUAAAAUAACUUGGGCAUAGUAAGAUAUUUUGGGAGUCUUAUGUCAUCUAUUCACACUGUAAAAGGCACAAGGUCUGCCAUGCUAGCUACAGUAGGUGCCUUGUGUUUGUUUUGUGACGGACCAAGAUGAGAAUGUUAGAAAGUACUACUGUCAGCUACAGCAGUCUGGGAGAGCCAGAGUGAGUGCUUAAGUGGGCCUCUAGUUCAGUGCCUUCUGUGUGGGAGUUUUUAAAACUGUUGGGGAUGUUGGAUAUACUUGAAAUGAAUAGCCACACCACACCACUACUUCUUUUUCUUCUUUCAUCACACUUUAAGGGUUUUCCUCUUCCUCUGCCAUAAUCUGCAGCCAGCAAGUCUGUGGUUAUGCACAACAACACUUACUCAACGCUGACCAGAUAACCUCAUGAGCAAUCCGUGCAACUCUGAAACAGACAUACCUCGCUUCUCUCUUUCUCUCUCUCUCUCUCAUUCUUUCUCUCUCUCUCUCUCUCUCUCAUUCUUUCUCUGCCUCACACCUCGCUCUCAAGGUUCCCCAUAUACAGCCUCCACCCACAUAAAUCACAUGUGCACACAGCAAUGCAACUACAAUACUGACGAAACCUACAACCUGCUCUUUUGUUAAUUUUGUAAAUAUGUAAAAUAUCUAAAUAUAUUUUUGUUUUUGUCUUGAACCUCAAUUCCAAGGCAAUGCAGUGUAAAUAAUAUUUAUUUGAGUGAGGUCAUCCUUUUUUGUGUUUUCAUGCAAAAGAUGUGGAAUUAUUUAUUUAUAGAGAUUUUUUUUUUUCACUCUGAAGGGCCCACAGAUUAUUUAAAAUCUAUUUUUACCAUAUUUAAGGGUUGAUGAACAGAAUUGUAAAUAUCUGCCAAUAACCUUCAAAGCACUUGUCUCUCAAUGCAUGGUGUAUUGAAAGUCUACUGACAAUUGUUUUCAGUGUGUCUCUCAGUUGAGAAUGUUCUUGAAUGACUGAGUGUGUGUAUGAGUUUACAUGGUUUUCUCCUCUAGUUGCAUGAUUGCAGCUUGGAAUUUUUUUUUCCUGUCAACUGAAUUAGCGAUGUAAAUUAAAUUUAGAAACUUAUUUUUUAUACAGUUUCAAUAAAUAUUUUUAUAAACUUGA